AUGUCGAUGAGGCCCAAAGCCCGCUUCGGGCGCAAGCUGAAAGAGGCCCUCGAAGCCGGAAAACGCCGCGAGGACUACGAUGGCCAGGUUCCGACCGCGGAGGGCAGCUACGAGGACGCCAGCAGUGAGGGGGGCAAGACUGCGUCCAUCGGGUCGCUCGAGGACGCGCUGUCGCACGAGGAGAUCCGCAACCCGCACCUCUACCCCAAGGUCAUGGUCGCGUACGAGACGCGCCCGGGCGAGGUGCCCCGCCGCGUGAUCAUCGAGCGGCGGAAGCGCCUGUACGACGCGCAGGACCUCAACUCAUUGAUCGUCCGCGAAACGGCGCGGAAGGAGCGCGAGGACCCGGCGUUCCGGCGCCAGCGGAUACAGCGCGCGAAGUACGGCCCGCCCGUCUUCCCGCUCGAGAUCUUCGACGACUGCGAGCUCGAGACGCGCACCCCGCAGGAGUGGGUUCCCUCCAUCGCGCUGCCCCCGGGCGCGCCCGCGCCGCCGUUCGCCACGGGCCGGAUGGCGCGCAUGGACGACGAGGAGGGCGUGAUGACGUGGCGCGCGUGCACCGUCGAGGACUGGGACGCCGCGACCGGCCACUUCAAGGCGGUGCCCAAGACGGGCCCGGGGGCGGGCGUCGGCGUGUGGGUGCCGCGCAUCGACCUCCACUUCGACGCGGACGACCCCUUCGUCUUCGCGCGCCGCCGCGUGGCCGCCGAGGUCCUCCGCGAGCGCAGCGAGGCCGCGCUCCUGCACGCGCUGUCCGUCGACGAGAUGCCGACUGAGGCGCUGCUGGGCGUCCCGCGCGACGUCCAGGGGCGCGUGAUGGAGCUCGCGCUGAACAGCAAGCGGCUGCAGGACCGGACGAAGGAGCGGCAGAAGGCGGCGCUGCUCGCGGAGAUGGACCUGGACUUCCGCACGGCGACCAACCGCGCCAUGAUGGGGCAGGCGGCGCGCGUGCAGGGGAGCGCGGUGGCGCCGGAGUUCGCGCCGAUGGACCGCGCGGUGCCGAAGGAGAUGCUCGUGCGCGUGGAGGAGGACCCCGAGGGCGCGGCGGGCGCGGUGGAGCCCACGCCGGUGGACUGCCCGGCCUACUGCUUCCCGGACCAGUUCAGCGACUUCGCGUUCUACUCGCUGCUGACCCAGGAGGAGGUGAUCACGGCGGUGAUGAAGAUCCGCGUGGAGAACGCCAAGGUGCUCAAGCAGUGCCUGUUCACCACGCACGCCACCAAGGGGUACCGCGCGGACGAGUUCCAGCAGCUGCAGGGGCAGACCGCGGAGAGCAUGAGCAGCUACCUGCGCGACACGUGGUGCACGUCGAUCAAGAACAUCGUCAAGAGCUCGUUCCGCGACGUCGGCAAGGGCUGGUUCAACCUCGAGGAGACCAACCGCGAGACGUACGAGUUCAGCAAGCUCCGGCGCUUCCUGACGCUCACGCGCCUCAUGAUGGAGGACGUCCUGCGCUUCCUCGUCGAAUCCUCCCUCCAGUCGUACGUCAAGUGGAUCCGCGGCCUCUGCGCGGCCGAGGUGGUCGUGCGCACCACCAAGGACGUCGAAGUGACGCUCCCGGACGGCGACGGCAAGGCCGCGGGCACCAAGGCCACGCCGCUCUUCGUGCUCGAGCUCGAGAUCGACCCGGCGACCAACACCAUGCGCUACAACACCCCCACGGAGAAGGUGGCGCCCUCGCUGGUGAAGGUGUUCGACCAGGGCAUCGCGGCGUGCCAGGGCAUCGCGCAGCUCGAGCCGCAGGUGCUCGAGCGGCUCCUGUGGUCGCACGUGCCGCCGCUCAACACGCCGCACCCGCGCGAGGCGCACAUCGUCGCGCUGCGCGAGGAGCUGACCGAGGCGGUGGAGCGCGCGCUGGAGCCCGCCCGCGCGUACCUCGCGGAGAUGCGCAAGUACGAGGAGGUGCUGCAGGCCGACUACGAGGCCUUCGUGAAGGAGCUGGGCGAGUCGGAGGAGCUCACGCUCGAGCGGCUCAAGGCGGAGCUGACCAAGGCGGAGGCCGGGGCGGCGGCGGUGGUGUCGGGCAUCCCGAACGCGAUCAACCUGGGGCUCGUGCGCGUGGGCAUCAAGAAGGUGCGCGAGGCGAUCAUCGACCGCAAGAACAAGCUGGUGGCGAUGCUGCGCGACCUGAUGGCGGCGGUGCCGCGGCGCAUGAUGGCCGAGGCGACGCGGAAGUUCGAGGCGCUGAGCCGGCAGCUGCAGUCGCCCAUGAACACCAUCGAGGAGGUGGACGCGCAGCGCAAGUUCCUGGAGGACAUCCCGAAGAAGGUCGCGGGCCUCGAGGUGGAGAUGUCGCGCACGCAGGAGUGGUACACGGCGCUCGAGGAGCUGCGGUACAAGCUCACGGACGACGCGGCGAAGGUGCGCUUCCAGGCGCUGCACUGGCCGCUGCGGGUGGCGGAGAUCGCGGCGCGCACCGAGGAGCAGCUGAAGGACGACGAGAGCCAGUUCCGCGAGGAGAUGAUCCGCGAGCAGGGCGCGUUCGUGUCCACGAUCGGCAGCCUGGAGUCGCAGGUGCAGCAGCUGCGCGGCGUCACCAACAUGGAGCAGCUCGAGGGCAUGGCGCAGCAGGUGGCCGAGCUGAAGGAGGCGCUGGCGUCGGUGGACGAGGAGGCCAAGCUGUUCAACUCGCGCGAGGCGAUCUUCGGCCUCGACGUGUCGGACUACUCGUCGGUCAAGCGCAUCAUCGACCAGUUCGACCCGUACCUCCAGUUCUGGUCGACCGCGCGCGCGUGGCAGAACAACCAGGAGCAGUGGAUGGAGGGGCAGUGGACGUCGCUCGACCCGGACCACGUGGAGCGCGAGGUCGGGUCCUGCUUCAAGACGCUCUUCAAGGUCGGGCGGAUGUUCAACCAGCGCGACCUCAAGGAGCACGCGGGCCUCGCCGACGGCGUGCGGCAGAAGGUCGAGGACUUCAAGGCCUUCGUGCCGCUCAUCCAGGCGCUGCGGACGUCCGGCAUGCGCGACCGGCACUGGGACCAGCUCAGCGAGGGGCUCGGGUUCGAGCUCCGCCCCGGCGACGACUUCACCAUGACCAAGGCGCAGGAGAUGGGGCUGCUGGACCACAUCGAGCUGAUCAGCAAGGUCGCGGACGUGGCGGCGAAGGAGUACGCGAUCGAGCAGGCGCUGGCGAAGAUGGAGUCGGAGUGGAGCGGGACGGCGCUGCAGGUGAUGGAGUACCGCGAGACGGGCACGUACGUGAUCAAGGUGGACGAGGCGGUGUCGCAGAUGCUGGACGACCAGAUCGUGAUGGCGCAGAGCAUGUCGUUCAGCCCGUACAAGAAGCCGUUCGAGGCCCGCAUCCACGACUGGGAGCGGCAGCUCAACCUCAUGUCGGAGAUGAUCGACGAGUGGCUGGCGCUGCAGCGCCAGUGGAUGUACCUGGAGCCGAUCUUCUCGUCCGAGGACAUCCAGUCGCAGCUCCCCGUCGAGGCCAAGAAGUUCACGCAGGUCGACCGGCUGUGGCGCCGCGCACUGCAGGACACGCACCAGGCGCCCGAGAUGCUCCACGCGUGCGUCAACCAGCCGCUGCUCGACCAGUUCCGCGAGGCCAACAAGCAGCUCGACAGCGUGCAGAAGGGCCUCGCGGACUACCUCGAGACGAAGCGCCUGGCGUUUGCGCGCUUCUUCUUCCUCUCGAACGACGAGCUGCUGCAGAUCCUGUCGCAGACGAAGAACCCGCUGGCAGUGCAGCCGCACCUGCGCAAGUGCUUCGAGGCCAUCGACUCGCUGGACUUCGGCGACGGCCUCGAGAUCAGCGCCAUGAACUCGCGCGAGGGCGAGAAGGUGCCCUUCGAGGAGAGCAUGUACCCGCAGGGCAACGUGGAGCAGUGGCUGGGCAAGGUGGAGAAGUCGAUGAUCAACGCCAUCCGCCACCAGAUCAUCCUCUCCAUGGAGGCGUACGAGCAGGGGAAGCGCCGGGACUGGGUGCGGUCGUGGCCGGCCAUGGUGGUGCUGGCCGUCAACGCCAUCUACUGGUCGCGCAACGCGGAGCAGCACAUCGAGGCAGAAAACGUCAAGGGCUUCCUCGACAAGUCCGUCGCCGAGCUGAUGGACCUGACCGACCUGGUGCGCGGGCACCUGUCGAACCUCGACCGGCUGACGCUGGGCGCGCUCAUCACCAUCGACGUGCACGCGCGCGACACGGUGAGCAACUUCGUGGACGUGGGCCUCAAGAGCACCACGGACUUCGAGUGGGUCAGCCAGCUGCGGUACUACUGGCGCGAGGACGUGUACGUCGACAUGGUGCAGGCGAGCCUGCCGUUCGGCUACGAGUACCUGGGCAACACCCCGCGGCUCGUCAUCACGCCGCUGACGGACCGGUGCUACAUGACGCUCAUGUCGGCCAUGCACAUGAACCUCGGCGGCGCGCCCGCGGGCCCCGCCGGCACCGGGAAGACGGAGACCACGAAGGACCUGGCCAAGGCCCUCGCGAAGCAGUGCGUCGUCUUCAACUGCUCGGACGGCCUCGACUACCUGGCGAUGGCCAAGAUGUUCAAGGGCCUGGCGUCGUCCGGCGCGUGGGCGUGCUUCGACGAGUUCAACCGCAUCGACCUCGAGGUGCUGUCCGUCGUGGCGCAGCAGAUCCUCACCAUCCAGCUCGCCAUCCAGUCCAAGGUCAAGCGGUUCGUGUUCGAGGAGACGGAGCUGGACCUCAACCAGUACUGCUCGGUCUUCAUCACCAUGAACCCCGGGUACGCCGGCCGGUCGGAGCUGCCGGACAACCUCAAGGCGCUGUUCCGGCCGUGCGCCAUGAUGGUGCCCGACUACGCGCUGAUCGCGGAGAUCUGCCUGUACUCGUACGGGUACCGCGACGCCAAGACGCUGUCGGGGAAGAUGGUGGCCACGUUCCGGCUGUGCUCGGAGCAGCUGUCGCGGCAGGACCACUACGACUACGGCAUGCGCGCCGUGAAGUCGGUCAUCACGGCGGCGGGCAACCUGAAGCGGGAGUACCCCGACCAGCCCGAGGACGUGCUGGUGCUGCGCGGGCUGCGCGACGUCAACGUGCCCAAGUUCCUCAGCCACGACCUGCCGCUGUUCGACGGGAUCAUCUCGGACCUGUUCCCGGGCGUCAAGAUGCCCGAGAGCGACUACACGGAGAUCAUGGGCGCCCUCAUCGAGACGUGCUCCGACAUGAACAUCCAGCCCGCGGACGCCUUCCUCGGCAAGGUGAUCCAGCUGUACGACACCACCAUCGUGCGGCACGGCCUCAUGCUGGUCGGGCCGACCAUGGCGGGGAAGACGGAGUGCUACAAGGCGCUGGCCAAGUCGAUGACCAAGCUGCGGCACCAGGCGCGGUUCGAGAAGGUCCAGGUGUGCUGCCUCAACCCCAAGUCGAUCACCAUGGGGCAGCUGUACGGCGAGUUCGACGAGAACACGCACGAGUGGACGGACGGCGUGCUGGCACACUACAUGCGCGAGUUCAGCGCGGAGCAGACCCCGGACAAGAAGUGGAUCAUGUUCGACGGCCCCGUCGACGCGGUGUGGAUCGAGAACAUGAACACGGUGCUCGACGACAACAAGAAGCUCUGCCUGGUGUCGGGCGAGAUCAUCCAGAUGUCGGACCCCAUGACGAUGAUGUUCGAGGUCGAGGACCUCAGCCAGGCCUCGCCCGCGACCGUCUCGCGCUGCGGGAUGGUCUACAUGGAGCCCUCGGCGCUGGGCAUGACGCCGCUGCUCGAGUCGUGGCUGGGGAAGAUGCCCGCCGUGAUUGCGUCGCAGAGCAAGCUGCUGGAGCGGAUGUUCCGGCACUUCGUGCCCGAGCUGGUGCACUUCGUGCGGCGCGACCUGAAGGAGACGGUGGCGACGGUGGACCACCAGCUGUGCAUGUCGUGCUUCAGCCUGAUGGACUCGCUGAUGGUGCGGUACAACCGCGACGAGACGAUCGACCCGCUGACGAAGGACGAGAAGGAGAAGGCUCCCGCGAUGGUCCCCGCGCUGUUCUUGUUCUCGAUGGUGUGGUCGCUGGGCGCGUCGUGCGACAAGGACGGCCGCGACCUGUUUGACCGCCGCAUCCGCGCGCUGCUCGACAUGGCCAUGCAGCAGAGCAUGUUCGACAUCCCCGAGGAGCAGCGGUUCCCGCGCGACAAGCAGGUGUUCGACUGGGUGUGGGACGUCGAGAGCAUGGCGUGGAUGGACUGGAUGGACACGCAGCCCAAGUACGAGUGCAACCCGAACGCGCCGUUCGCGGAGAUCAUCGUGCCGACGCGCGACACGGUGCGGUACUCGUUCGUGAUGGAGAAGCUGCUGCUGAACCAGCAGCACGUGCUGUGCGUGGGCGACACGGGCACGGGCAAGACGGUGACGGCGACGGAGAAGCUCCUCAACCUCCCGACGGGGUACGACCCGCAGUUCGUGACCUUCUCCGCGCGGACGGGCGCGAACCAGACGCAGGACCUGAUCGACAACAAGGUCGAGAAGAUCCGCAAGGUCCACGGCACGAUGGUGUGCGGGCCGGGCGAGGGCAAGAAGUACGUCUUCCUGGUGGACGACAUGAACAUGCCGCAGCGCGAGAAGUACGGCGCGCAGCCGCCGAUCGAGCUUCUGCGGCAGUGGAUGGACCACGGCGGGUGGUACGAGCGGCGCUGGCCCUUCACCUUCCGGCAGAUCAUCAACGUGCAGUUCGUGGGGUCAAUGGGGCCCCCGGGCGGCGGGCGGAACCCCGUCACGCCGCGGUACCUGCGGCACUUCAAGACGCUGUCCUUCGUGGCCAUGUCGGACGAGAGCUGCUGCCGCAUCUUCAACACCAUCCUGGGCACCUUUUUGGAGAGCAAGCUGUCGCCCAAGCUGGCCGAGAAGGCCUCGAGCAUCGUGGACGCGACGGUCGAGAUGUACAACACCAUCCGGAAGGAGCUCCUGCCCACGCCGACGCGGUCGCACUACACGUUCAACCUGCGCGACAUGUCGCGCGUGGUCCAGGGGGUGAUGCGCGCGGAGCCCAAGACGACGGGCACGGUGACGGACCUGCUCGCGCUGUGGCUGCACGAGAGCGCGCGCGUGUUCAAGGACCGCCUCAUCAACGACGGCGACAGCGACUGGUUCAUGCGCAACUCGGAGGAGCUCCUCAAGACCCACUUCGAGAUGGCCUACUCGGACAUCGUCAAGACCGAUCGCCUCAUCUACGGCGACUUCAUGGUCCCCGGCGCGGACCCGCGCAGCUACGCGCGCAUCACGGACCUCGACCGCCUCCUGAAGGUCGUCGAGGAGUACCUGGACGACUACAACAGCGUCAGCAACGCGCCGAUGAAGCUCGUGAUGUUCCUGGACGCCAUCGAGCACGUCAGCCGCAUCUGCCGCGUCAUCCGCCUCCCGCUGGGCAACGCGCUGCUGCUCGGCGUGGGCGGGUCGGGCCGCCAGAGCCUCACCAAGCUCGCGGCCUACAUGGAGGAGUUUGAGAUCUUCCAGAUCGAGAUCGUCAAGGGGUACGGCCUGAACGAGUGGCGCGACAACCUGAAGGAGGUACUCAAGCUCGCGGGCAUGUCGGGCAAGGACACGGUCUUCCUGUUCAGCGACACGCAGAUCAUCAUGGAGUCGUUCCUGGAGGACCUGAACAACAUCCUGAACAGCGGCGAGGUGCCCAACCUGAUGGGCGUCGAGGACCUCGAGGAGAUCAAGGACGGCCUGCGCGGGCCCAUGGCGGCGGAGGGCGUCGCGCAGACGCCCGCCAACGUGCUCGGGUUCUUCAACAAGCGGGUGCGCGCGCAGCUGCACCUCGUCGUGUGCAUGUCGCCCAUCGGCGACGCGUUCCGGCAGCGCCUGCGCAUGUUCCCGUCGCUGGUCAACUGCUGCACCAUCGACUGGUUCCGCGAGUGGCCCGACGAGGCCCUGCGGUCGGUCGCGCUGAGCUUCUACAAGGAGCUGCCGCUCAACGACGAGGCCAACCCGGACCUGCUGAACAAGAUCGUCGAGGCCUGCGUCGGCGUGCACCAGUCCGUCGAGCGCCACAGCAAGGACUUCUUUGAGCAGCUGCGGCGGUACAACUACGUCACGCCCACGUCGUACCUCGAGCUGCUGACGACGUUCAUCAAGCUGCUGAGCGACAAGCGCCAGGAGGUCCACGAGAUGUCGCGGCGCCUCGAGGUGGGCCUGGACAAGCUCAUGGAGACGGAGGGCGAGGUGCAGGUGAUGCAGAAGGAGCUGGAGGACCUGCAGCCCGUGCUGCUGAAGACGAGCCAGGAGGUGGAGGACCUGAUGGUGGUGAUCACGCACGACAAGAAGGAGGCGGACGAGACGCGCGCGGCGGUGGAGAAGCAGGAGGCCGACGCCAACGUGAAGGCCGCGGAGGCGCAGGAGCUCAAGGCGUCGGCGCAGAAGGACCUGGACGAGGCGCUCCCGGCGCUGGACGCCGCGGUGGAGUCGCUGAAGAACCUGUCGCGGAACGACGUGGUGGAGGUCAAGUCGAUGGCCAACCCGCCGCAGGGCGUGCGGAUGGUGAUGGAGGCGGCGUGCAUCAUGUUCCAGGAGAAGCCGAAGAUGGUGGCGGACCCGGACAAGCCCGGAAAGAAGAAGCCGGACUACUGGGAGAACGCGAAGAAGAUGUUGUCGGACGCCGGGAAGUUCCUGGACGCGCUGAUGACGUACGACAAGGACAACAUCGCCGCGUCGGUGAUCGAGAAGAUCCAGCCGUACAUGCAGAUGGAGGAGUUCGUCCCCGAGGCCGUCGCGCGCGUGUCCAAGGCCGCCACGUCCAUCUGCAUGUGGGUGCGGGCCAUGUACACCUACCACCAGGUCGCGCUCAGCGUCGAGCCGAAGCGCCAGGCGCUCGCCAAGGCCGAGGCCGAGCUCGCCGAGACCAUGGAGCAGCUCGCGGAGGCGCAGGCGAAGCUCCGCGCCGUGCAGGACAAGAUCGCCGAGCUGGAGGCGUCGUUCGACGAGGCCACGGCGAAGAAGGAGGCGCUCUCGCGGCAGAGCGAGGACUGCAAGGCCAAGCUCAACCGCGCGGACAAGCUCCUCGGUGGCCUCGGCGGCGAGAAGAUGCGGUGGAUGCAGACGGUGGCGCAGCUGCGCGAGGACCUGAAGAACAUCGCGGGCGACGUGGUGGUGUCGGCGGGGGCGAUCGCCUACUCCGGGCCGUUCACGCCGAACUUCCGCACGCGGCUCAACCAGGACUGGGAGUCGCAGCUGCGCGAGCUGGGCGUCCCGCACACCCCCGGGACCAACAUCACCAAGACGCUGCAGGACCCGGUGCAGGUCCGGGCGUGGAACAUCGCGGGCCUGCCCACGGACCAGCAGUCGGUGGAGAACGGCAUCAUCGUGAGCAAGGCGCGCCGGUGGCCGCUCAUGAUCGACCCGCAGGGCCAGGCCAACAAGUGGAUCAAGAACAUGGAGCGCGAGAAGCUGGACGUGAUCAAGCUGUCGGACAAGGACUUCCUGCGCCCGCUGGAGAACGGCGUGCGCUUCGGGCGCGCGGUGCUGCUCGAGAACAUCGGCGAGGAGCUCGACGCGGCGCUGGAGCCGCUGCUGCUGAAGCAGACCUUCAAGCAGGGCGGGCAGGAGGUGAUCAAGAUCGGCGACAACAUCAUCCCGUACAGCGCGGACUUCCGCUUCUACAUGACGACCAAGUUCCGCUCCCCGCACUACCCGCCCGAGGUGGCCGUCAAGGUCUCGCUCCUCAACUUCUUCGUCACGAGCGAGGGCCUCGAGGAGCAGCUGCUGGGCAUCACGGUGACGGAGGAGCGGCCGGACUUGUCGGAGAUGAAGUCGCAGCUGGUCAUCUCGAACGCGAACAUGAAGCGCGAGCUCAAGGAGAUCGAGGACAAGAUCCUGGCCAUGCUGAGCAACUCGCAGGGCAACAUCCUGGACGACGAGGAGCUGAUCAACACGCUCGCGGAGUCCAAGGUCAAGUCGAACGAGAUCGCGGCCAAGGUCGCGGAGGCCGAGAAGACGGAGAAGGAGAUCGACGAGGCGCGGGAGCAGUACCGCGCCGUGGCGGUGCGCUCGAGCCUGCUCUUCUUCUGCAUCUCGGACCUCGCGGCGGUGGACCCGAUGUACCAGUACAGCCUCACGUGGUUCAUCGCGCUCUUCGUGCGCGCCGUGCGCGAGGCCGAGCGGUCGGACGACAUCCCGCAGCGGGGCCGCAACCUGAACGAGUACUUCACGUACAGCCUGUACUGCAACGUGUGCCGCUCGCUGUUCGAGAAGCACAAGCUCAUGUUCUCGGUCAUGCUCGUCACGCGCAUCCUGUCGCACCGCGGCGAGAUCAACGCCCAGGAGUGGCGCUUCCUCCUGGCGGGGCCCACGGACACGGAGCUCGAGGGCGAGAACCCCGCGCCGACGUGGCUGACGGAGAAGUGCUGGGUCGAGGUGCAGAACAUGUCGCGCCUCCCCACGCUCGCCGGGUUCGAGGAGCACUUCUGCGCCAACAUCGACCACUACCGCAAGCUGUUCGACUCGUCCGAGGCGCACACCUUCCCGCUGGCCGAGGACUGGAACGACCGCCUGUCGUCCUUCCAGAAGCUCCUCGUCCUGCGCUGCCUGCGCCCGGACAAGCUCACGCUCGCCGCGGGCAACUUCGUGGUGGAGCACCUGGGCCAGCAGUUCACCGAGCCCCCGCCGUACGACCUGGCCGCGUGCUACCGCGAGGCCGCGCCGGCCACGCCGCUCAUCUUCGUGCUCUCGCCCGGCGCGGACCCCAUGGCGGACCUCCUGAAGCUCUCCGAGGACAUGCGCAUGUCGAAGAAGUUUGAGAAGGUGUCGCUCGGGCAGGGGCAGGGCAAGAAGGCCGAGCAGCUCCUGACGCUCGCGAUGGACGCGGGCAUGUGGGUGUGCCUCCAGAACUGCCACCUCGCGCAGUCGUGGAUGCCGACGCUCGAGCGCAUCGUGGAGAACAUCAACCCCGAGACGGUCAACCCGCACUUCCGGCUGUGGCUCACGGCGCUCCCGGACCCGCACUUCCCGGUCAGCAUCCUCCAGAACGGCGUCAAGGUCACGCUCGAGCCGCCCAAGGGCCUCAAGUCGAACCUCGCGCGGUCGUACGCGCGGUUCAACGACCAGUACUUGGAGGAAAGCAAGAAGCCCGCGGAGUGGCGGCGGCUGCUGUUCGGGAUGUGCCUGUUCCACGCGGUGAUCAUGGACCGGCGGAAGUUCGGCGCGCUCGGGUGGAACAUCCGGUACGACUUCACGGACGGCGACCUCUCGGUGUCGCUGGCCCAGAUGAAGCAGUACCUGGACGACUACGAGAGCGUGCCGUACCGCGUGCUGCGGUUCCUGUUCACGGAGAUCAACUACGGCGGCCGCGUGACGGACGACAAGGACCGCCGCCUGAUCAACACGCUCGUCGAGAACUUCAUCAACCCCGGCGUGGUGGAGGACAGCUACAAGUUCUCGCCCAGCGGGAUCUACCGCUCGAUCGACGCGAGCACGGUGCGGUCGUACCUCGAGUACAUCAAGGAGCUCCCGAUCAACCCGGCGCCGGAGAUCUUCGGGCUGCACGAGAACGCGGACAUCACGUGCGACCAGAACGAGACCUACGACAUGCUGGGGACCAUCCUGAGCCUGCAGCCGCGCACGGCGGGCGCCGCGGGGAGCUCGCGCGAGGACGUCAUCGGCGGGAAGGCCGAGGAGAUCCUCAAGCGCGUCCCGGCGCCGUUCGACGUCGAGGCGGUCAUGAAGCACUACCCGACCACGUACAAGCAGAGCAUGAACACGGUGCUGACGCAGGAGUGCCAGCGGUUCAACGUGCUGCUCGAGGACAUGGCGCUGAGCCUGCGCGAGUGCAUCAAGGCGCUCAAGGGCCUGGUGGUCAUGAGCCACGACCUGGAGGCCAUCUGCAACGCCAUCUUUGACAACCGGGUGCCCGAGCGGUGGGAGAAGAAGGCGUACCCCUCGCUCAAGCCGCUCUCGUCGUGGGUGACCGACCUCCUCGAGCGCUGCGCGUUCAUCCAGGGCUGGAUCGACAACGGCGUCCCCUCGGUGUACUGGAUCUCGGGCUUUGUGUUCCCGCAGGCCUUCCUGACGGGCACGCUGCAGAACUUCGCGCGCAAGUACACGUACCCGAUCGACACGGUGUCGUUCGGGUUCCAGGUGAUGGACCACAUGGACCACCGCGACGUCGAGGAGGGCCCCGAGGACGGGUGCUACGUGCGCGGGCUCUUCCUGGAGGGCGCGCGGUGGAACGAGGAGACGCACCUGCUCGGGGAGUCCCGGCCGAAGGAGCUCUUCACGGAGAUGCCCGUGAUGUGGCUGCAGCCGAUGCAGAACCGCGAGGCGCCCGAGGACGGCGUGUACCUGUGCCCCAUGUACAAGACGUUGACGCGGCAGGGCACGCUCAGCACGACGGGCCACAGCACGAACUUCGUGAUGAUGGUGGAGCUGCCCACGGACGAGAGCGCGAACUUCUGGAUUUGCCGCGGCGUCGCGUGCUUCUGCGCCCUGGCGUUCUAG